AUGUCGCUUUUAUACUCAGAAGAUUCUGGAAGCGACGGUGCCGAUGAUGACUCCAGAAUAUCACCUGAACCAGUCAGACAGCAUACUUCGACUGGUCGUAGCUCAGCGAACACUCAAGAAAGCCAGAUAGGUCCCAUUCGUCAAUCUGAACGUCGCGAGAGAAAUGCAAUGGCUGGGAGGCGUGAUGCUGUACCUCUGAGAGGUGCAGCUGCCAUCGCUGCCGCCGGGUCUGCCACCACUGGCCGCCAGAGUUCUACUCCUGGGGCAAGGCGCUCCACUGAUAUUGCACGUCCAGCUGCGAUUCCACCAGUUCCAGGAAGUGUCGCUACUGGGGGACAAGCACCUCGACGUGUGGGUCUGCCAGCUAUUCCGACUUUCCCAAAUGUCCCUUUCACCAUGCUCCAAGACAAUGAACCGGUCACCGAUGCAUUCCUUGGCGAACUCGAGGGCGUGUUUGAGCUUCGAGGUGGCUACGCCGACCUGGCGGAGAACUUGGUGCACGUGCCCCCCCCUCGUCAAUGGGCAGUUCAGAUGUACAGUCAGAUGUCUAUCCGCCAAGCGAUUGAUGAAGCUAGACAGCAAGCAAAGCUUGCCCGAGUCCAAGCCGUGAUGCAGCCUCCACCAACUGUCCGAACCAACGAUUUCCACUAUGUUCCUGUCUUCAGCGAAUUUGUCAAGAGAAGUAUUCGUGAGCUCCUGAUGAGCAAAAAUCUGAAGAUGUAUAGUUCGGACCUCCCACGUGGUAACCACCGCCACAAUGUCAGGGGAUUGUUAUCGCUUGUAUUGGACAGAAUCAAUGCCCAGCCAGUCCAAUUCAGGCUUGAUUACUUGCCACAUGGUUACAACGAGGCGGAGCCUUCAGCUGUGGCUAGUGUUGAGAGGUUCGUCAGAAGAAAGCUCAGAAAUAGCAGGGGGAAAAUGAGAGACUUGCUCCUGACUGACAUCCACAACACCGAGUGUUGGGAAGACAUCCGACCUGUUCCGACAAUCUCUACCUUGCUUGCUGAGAUGCAGACCAGCUUGCUUCCACUGCUCCCAAACAAUCAACGCAACGUCCCAGCGGGAGAGCAAAAUGCACCUCGCGGACAUCAAACCCACAUGAAGGCCCGACUUGCAUACUUGCGCAUCCACACAAUUGGACAGUUGGUCAGCAGGGGGCCAAGGGACACCGGUCGGCAGUGGCUCAAUAUAGAUUCACAUUUGCGGGAGUUGGAUGAGAAGGGGCGGGAAUAUCGCACCUCCUUCUUCCAGCUGGUGUUGGACUAUGACCGCAACACAUUUGGCCAUACAACGAUGUCUCAAUUGGACCGCGAGUCAAUCUCUCUCCCGACUGAGGAAGAAGUACGAGCUCACAUGGCACGAAUUACUGCCGACAACUUAAACCUUGACGAAGAAGAUGUGGCACAAGUGUGA